AUGCACAAAAUCUUUCACCAAAAGAUUUUUGCCGGGGGACCAGAAGAGGAAGGAGCCGUCUGUUCGGCCGUAUACAGAGAGUUUCAUAUAGGCAGAACCGAGGUUCCUAUUCGGGACAAGCUGGCUUUCAGGAGCAAAAAACAGCACCAGCAUUCUUCUAACAAAGAGGCAGACCCUGGGUCACUAGGGGCGUCCGAGGAGCACCUUCUGGACAAUGACCUUAUG